AUGGAUUAUUUAUAUGGCUUGCUUGAUUCCGAAGAAUUUUACAGAAUACCUUCUAAUAUCAAAGAACGAUUUGCCAAAUUAACCUUAUCAAAGAAGAAACAAUUAAGAAAGUCAUUGGAAGCAAAUCUAAUUCAAAAGGAAAAAUCUAAUGAAUGUAAAGAAUUAAGUAAAAAUAUUUUGCGAGAAAUACUAACUGACGAUUCCUCAGAAAGUGAGUUUGAAGAAUUAAAUAAAAUUUUCGAAAGCAGCAACAGCAACUUCAAUACUGAUAAAAACAUAUCAAAUAGGAUACCUUAUAAACCGAAAAAACUUUCCGAGAUAUUCAAUCAAUUGACUACAUCUGAUUCUGAUGAAACACAUUGCUCUGCAAUUGAGAACAUUGAGAAAAAGGAAAAAGAAGUUAUUAGACCAGCACAAUACAAUAUUACAGAGGACAUGGAAAAAUUAGAAUUUUCAAUUGAAAAUGAAUCAAAUGCAAAUGAAAAUUUAUUAAUAGAUGUUUUGUCACAAAAAGUAAAUAGCUUAGGUAUUUGUUCACCAAGAAAAUCUCAAACUGAACAGAUUUGUGAGAAAACACAAUUAAUUUCCGUUGAAAGUGAGCGUAAAAGCUUAAAUGAUUUAGAUACGAUUAAAAGUUUUCCACCAUUGAAAAUUGAAAAUGGAACCCAAAAACAUAUUGCUUUAGCAGAAACUGAACCAAAUACAGACUUAAUAUUUGGAAAUUAUAAUAAAACAUCUGCUGCAGUAAUAAGUUUAUCUUCCGAAGAAUCUGGUGAGAAAUCUGAAGACUUAACUUCUGAUAGUGAAGACCUAAAUGACUACAAUAUUAUUGUUGUAAGUGAUUCCGAUACUUCAAUUUCAAGUUUAGGUCAACCCCCGAAAAAAAGUAGCGAUGUUACUGAAAAUUAUUCAGAUCAAAUUUCCGACAUAAAAGCUUCUGGACAAACUUUUUUACCAGAUACAUUGAGUAAUGCAAAGGCAGAUCGCUUAGAAGCUUUUUUAAAUGAUUUACCUGCACCUAAUGAAUUUUGCGGCAUUAAUAAUAUUGAAAAUAGCAUUCUUGCAAAAUCUACAGACGAAUCAAAUUUGUACGACACCCUGUCGGUUGAGGAAUCGGUAGAAAUUUCUGGUACUUCUACAGAAAAUGAAAUAAAAGAUUCAAUUUUGAAAAAGAAUGAAGAAAUUUUAAUAUCACCUAUUCAACAAGAAGAAUCAUUUAUUCAAAAGAAUUUUCCAAAUACAAGUAGCUCAUCAAAUUUCCCGGAAAAGAAUAAUUUAAAUCCUGAUAAAGAAUUCUGUAGAAAUACAUCUCAAAAUGAAAAAUCAUCUGGUUCCUCUAAUUACGAAUAUGAAGAAAUAAGUGUUUCCGCAAAAUUUAAUAUAAAAAUUCAUAUAAAUUCUCAACCAAAUAUUAUUAUUGAUCAAAAAGAAGAAACUUACACUUCAGGAAAUUGCAAUGAAAGCCCAAAAACUCAAACUUCAAGACAAAGCGAGGUUUAUCAGGAGAAUUUAAAAGCGAUAGCCCCCGCUUCCAUUGUAGAGACGUUAUCUGAAAGUGAUAAAAAGAACAUUUCUGUUGAUAAUAUUGAUGUAAAAGCAAAAAAGAUUUUAACGAAAUUAUACGGAAAUCAAUGGCAAACACCAGAAAAUAUCAAAAAAUUAGACAAAACAAUUAAUUCAAAAAGUAAAGACGAUUCAAAAUACCAAAAUGACGAAAACCAUUUAAUUUUUCCUAAAAAUGCUAUAACUUUAGCAAAAAAUAAAGACGCGGAAUUUAUGCCAGAUAAAUACCAUAAAACUGAAAGCAAAAUAUUUAAAUUACCUCCCAAAGUAGCGAAGCCCGUACUUAAUGGGAACUCAAAGGUUGAAAAAUUUGCUUGUGAAGAGCCAAGAAUUACCGACUUUUCCCUUUUUCAUAAAAAUGUACGAAAUGAUUUUGAAUCAACCCGUUUGAAUAUUGCUAAUAGCCCAGAUAAAGAAGGAAAAAUCCUAAAACAAAAAUUGCCACUAACUGAAGCAAAAAAAAAAAAUAAAUCUAACUUGAACCUUGACAUUCCUCAAACCGAAAAAAUAAAAACUACUGCAAUUGCCACGCGAUCAGGUCGACAAAUUAAGCCUGUGCAAUGGAAAAAUCUUCUAGAUAUGGAUAGCUCUUCUGAUCAAUGGUCCGAUGAUUCUCAAGCAGAUGCGACUUACAAAACGCUGUCGUCUACAAAAAGCGACGGAAUUUCUUCAGACUCUAUAUUGUCCUCAAAUGACUCUGAUAUUAGUGGAAAUCGUUUACCAUCAAGAAGUAAAAAAAAGUCGAAACGUAGAGAUGCAGGGAAAAAGAAGAGUUCGGACAAUGAUAAAAUUACAUAUUUAGAUUUAUCACAGGAAGUUGUUAAAGUACAGACUGAAUAUAAAAGCCCACCAGCAAAAAAUGAUCCACGCUUUAAUGAAAAAUUAGAUAGCCUCUUAAAAUCGUGCACAUUUGAACCUCGGAAACAACUAGAAGCUACACCUACCAUAAGAAGAAAAUUAUUUAAUCCUAAUUUUGGAGAUGAAAAUGAAAUUAUACCACCAAAUUCUCCACUAAGACCUUUGCAAAAUGAUUCCCAAGACAUAAAAUUGAGUAUUCCAUUAUCAUCACUUUUUGGAAUGCCAAUAAACAAAAAAUUAGAAUCUGUUAAAACUGGAACACCAAUUUUCAAAAUUCCAUCAACUUCUACUGCUAAAGAUAAAUAUAAUACCCCAACUGCAAAAGAAUCUAAUUUUAAAUGUCCUACAAAAGAAGAAACACCAAAAACUCCCAAAACACCUAAAACUUCUAAGACACCGAGGACUCCAAAAUCUCAAAAAACAAAAACAGAUUUAAUUGAACAAGAAAUUCCGGAGCAUGUGCCGUUGAAUAAAUAUGGCUUUUUGAAAUCAUUAGAUGUUAUGGUACCGAUAUCACGCUGUCAUCCGGAUGCAAUCAUAUACAGAGAAAAUUAUAAAUCCAGAAAAGAAGAGUUAUCCCAUAGACUUUACAAGUUGUAUAAUGAAAAGUUAUUUAAAAACGAAUUAAAUGUUCAAAUUAUUUGGAAUAAAAAGUUGGUUAAUACUGCGGGAAGGUGCAGCAACAAAAAAAAAGGAAAUUUACGUUCAAGCGUAAUAGAGCUAAGUGAAAAAGUUUUAACAAGUGGUGAUAGAUUAAGGUGUACUUUGAUACAUGAAUUAUGUCAUGCUGCCACAUGGAUAUUUAAUGGUGAGCAUGGACAUGGAGCCACAUGGAAAGCUUGGGCUCAAAAAGCAAAUUUUGUCUUCCAAGAGUUACCAAAAAUUGGAGUGUGUCACUCUUAUGAUAUCGAAUAUAAAUACACUUAUAAAUGCAAGUUAUGCCAAGCUAAAUCUCAUGCACAUUCUAAAUCGAAAAAGGUCGAAAAAAUAAGAUGUGCUUAUUGUCAUGGUGCAAUUGAAAUUUUAUUGAAUAAAAAAGAUAAAGAUGGUAAUAUUAUUUCAACGCCAAUAAAGGAACCAACCGGAUUCGCUAAAUUCGUUAAGGACAAUUAUAAAAAUUUCCAAAAACCCGAAUUAAAGCAUGCAGAUGUAAUGAAAUUGUUGAGCACUGAAUUUGCAGCAUUAAAAGUGGACAAUAAAAAAUAAA